GCGGAGGCCCGUCCUCCUCCGCGGUCUCGGCCACCUAGCGUGUGCGGGAGCGGGAGGGCAGGUGAGCGGCGCAGAGCCGGGCCGCAGACUCAAGCUCCCAGGGUUCACCCACCGCCUGCGGGGAAGGUGCCCGGUGGCGCCGCGUCGGGUCCACUCUGCGCUGCCCCCUCCUCGGACUCUGCGCCUGGCUGCCGGGCGCCGCGGGUCCCAAAGGAAGCAACCGCGGCGAGAGCGAACUCCGCAGCUGCAAAAUCGAUGCGCGCUGCGCAAAGGCCAGCCAACGGCCUCCAACGGGCGGCGGGCUUUGGGCCGGGGCCGGGGGCGCAGGCGCCCAGGCGGGGUCUUCUAGUGGGGGAGGGGGUCGAGGGAGGGAGCGACGGCUGUCAAUCACAGGCCACGCCCUCCUCAGCCCAACCUCCACUGCUGUCCCGCCCAAGGGGGCGGGAACCGUGUGCGCCACGCCGAAUACUAGUCUACGUCUCGGCAUAUUCUAUUGGCUGGAAGGCUGUGGGAAGCGGCUACCAGUAACCAAUAGUAACACAUAUUUGGCCCGUGGGGGCGGGGCGAGCGCGGCUCUCUUUCUCAGGAGCCAAUAGGGAAAAGGAAAGUGAAGCGUUUCCUGAGUUCGGGGGUUGGCGGAAGAUGGCGGCAGGCGAAGGGAGCUGGUGCUUGUGCAAGUUGUUGAGGUUUUUUUAUUCAUUAUUCUUCCCUGGGCUCAUUGUAUGUGGAACUUUAUGUGUGUGUUUGGUCAUUGUCCUUUGGGGAAUCAGACUGCUGCUACAGAGAAAGAAAAAAUUAGUGUCAACUAGCAAAAAUGGGAAAAAUCAAAUGGUGAUUGCAUUUUUUCAUCCAUACUGCAAUGCUGGUGGAGGAGGAGAAAGAGUUUUAUGGUGUGCUUUAAGAGCCCUGCAGAAAAAGUAUCCUGAAGCAGUUUAUGUUGUUUAUACCGGCGAUGUUAAUGUCAACGGUCAACAGAUACUAGAAGGUGCUUUCAGAAGAUUUAACAUCAGAUUAAUUCACCCAGUGCAGUUUGUUUUUUUAAGGAAACGCUAUCUUGUGGAAGAUUCACUGUAUCCUCACUUCACACUGCUGGGCCAAAGUCUAGGAUCCAUUUUUCUUGGCUGGGAAGCUCUAAUGCAGUGUGUCCCUGAUGUUUACAUUGAUUCAAUGGGAUACGCUUUUACACUUCCUCUGUUUAAGUAUAUAGGGGGUUGCCAAGUUGGAAGCUAUGUUCAUUAUCCUACUAUCAGCACCGACAUGCUCUCUGUAGUGAAGAAUCAAAAUAUUGGAUUUAAUAAUGCAGACUUCAUUACCAGGAAUCCUUUUCUCAGCAAAGUAAAGCUCAUCUACUACUAUUUAUUUGCUUUUAUUUAUGGCCUUGUUGGUUCUUGCAGUGAUGUAGUCAUGGUCAAUUCUUCUUGGACACUAAACCAUAUUCUCUCACUAUGGAAAGUUGGGAAUUGCACUAACAUUGUUUAUCCACCUUGUGAUGUGCAGACAUUUCUGGACAUUCCCUUACAUGAGAAAAAGAUGACCCCAGGACAUUUGCUGGUUUCUGUUGGCCAGUUUAGGCCGGAAAAGAAUCAUCCAUUGCAGAUCAGAGCCUUUGCUAAAUUGCUGAAUAAGAAGAUGGUUGAGUCACCUCCUUCACUUAAACUCGUCCUCAUUGGAGGUUGUCGUAACAAAGAUGAUGAACUUAGGGUAAACCAACUGAGAAGGCUGUCUGAGGAUUUAGGAGUUCAAGAAUAUGUGGAAUUUAAAAUAAACAUUCCAUUUGAUGAAUUAAAGAAUUAUUUGUCUGAAGCAACAAUUGGUCUGCAUACCAUGUGGAACGAGCAUUUUGGGAUUGGAGUUGUGGAGUGUAUGGCAGCUGGCACAAUUAUCCUUGCACACAAUUCAGGGGGCCCAAAGCUUGACAUUGUCGUUCCUCACGAAGGAGAUAUAACUGGCUUUCUGGCUGAGAGUGAAGAAGACUAUGCUGAAACUAUCGCUCACAUUCUUUCCAUGUCUGCAGAAAAGAGACUCCAAAUCAGAAAAAGUGCUCGUGCAUCUGUAAGCAGAUUCUCUGAUCAGGAAUUUGAAGUGACAUUCCUAUCAUCUAUGGAAAAGUUAUUUAAGUAAUGCCAUAUCUGUAAAAUUAAAGAUAUUUUAUAUAAA